AUGUCGACCCCGGGCGAGUCGGGAGCCCGACAGGAUUCGUUCGACGCUCGCCGCAUGAGCCUGGGCAAAUACGUCAAGAGGAUGAGCAGUGUGUUCAAGAGAGAAAAGUCGGGCAAGAGUCUCGUUGCCCCCGCUCGCCCAAGCCCCGUCCCAGCAGGAACAGCGCCUUCCUCGGCUGCACAGGCGACUGACCCAGCUCCGCGCAAAGAGGAAGUCGCACCCACCGCCAACAUGCAGACGUCCAUCCUUUUGGUGACAGAACCCUUCUUGGCUGACGUUGUAUACAGGGCCCUUGCUUCUCCCCCCACCGCCAUCUCUCCUUCUUCUCCCCCUCCUCCUCCCCCUCCUCCUUCAGCCAUGAUCAAGCAGCUCGACCGCAAUGUCAUGCAGCAAGAGCGAGCCCGCGCCCUCUUCGCCAAAUAUGGCCUCACGCUCGACGCCCAUGACUGGAUCGUGCCCUCGGCCCCUUGUUCGACCGUUCAGCGGGUGGAAAAGGCGAUUCGGCUGCGAGUCCACCGUAGCUGCCACCGCUGCGGAACCAUGUACGGGGCCGACAAGACGUGCCGGCAGUGUGAGCAUAAGCGUUGCAAAAAGUGCCCACGCUAUCCCAAGAAGAAGACGACGACGACGACGACGACGACGAACACGACAGCCAUGGCCGACAAGGACAAGGACAAGGAAAAGGGAGGGGACAAGGAGGUUGCCGACAAGAUCAAACGACGCAAGGUGCUCACCAUCACCACGCGCGCCGGUACCGAGCUGGCCUACCAGCCGCCCAGGCAGCGCGUCAGACGUACCUGUCACAAGUGCGAAGCCCUCUUUUCGCCCUCGACGGCUACCGUCUGCGAGGCUUGCAAACACGUCCGAUGCACCCAAUGCCCCCGCGAACCGGCCAAACUCUCCAAAUGGCCGGCUGGCUACCCGGGCGAUGCAGAGCCGGACAGUGACUCGGAGGCGGAAAAGCAACUCGACAGGUUCAGACGAACAUGGCGGAAGCCGCGGACACGAGUGCGAUGGCAGUGCGAACAGUGCUACACCCUCUUCCUCAACCAUUCCCCCCAGUGUCCUGGCUGUGGCCAUGAGCGCUGCGAACACUGUACAAGGUCACCCAGCAAGAAGAGUAAGAAUGAAGAGCAUUUUGACCCCCACAUCGUCGCCGCUGUCGAGGCAAAGCUCAGAGCUCUCACGGUGGACGACUCACAAACCUCUGGAAACGAAGCUGUCUAG